AUGUUCUUCGGCGGGUUUCCCGGAGGCGACUUCCCCGGCAUGGGGGGCAAGGGCGGAGGCCGGUCCAAGAACGCGGACACGACCAAGUUCUACAAACUCCUCGAGGUAGACAAGAACGCCUCAGAAUCUGACAUCAAGAAGGCGUACAGGAAGCUGGCCGUGAAGCACCACCCCGACAAGGGCGGUGACCAGGAGAAGUUCAAGGAGAUCACCCGAGCAUACGAGGUGUUGAGCGACUCCGACAAGCGAGCCAAGUACGACCGGUUCGGUGAGGAGGGCCUGGAGAACGAUGGGCCGGGCGAUGCAGGGGACAUCUUCGAGGCCUUCUUCGGGGGAGGCGGCCGCCGGGGUGGUGGUGGCGCCCGCAAGCGACAGAAGACCAAGGACGUUGUGCAGAACCUCAAGGUCACCCUAGAGCAGAUGUACUCUGGGUCCACGAAGAAGAUGGCUAUCACCCGCCAGGUCAUCGACAAGAAGAAGGGCGUCCAGGAGUGUCGGGAAUGCGACGGCCGCGGCGUGAAGGUCGAGGUCGUGCGCAUGGGGCCCAUGAUUCAGCAGAUGCAGUCGCAGUGCCACUCCUGCGGCGGUCAGGGAAAAAGCUUCCAAACCAAGCAGGACAGGGAGGUCCUCGAGGUGCAUGUGCAGAAGGGUGCACCGGAUGGCCACAAGGUCACGUUCAGGGAAAUGGCUGACGAGCACCCGGAUGCGGAUGCUGGUGACGUGGUCUUCGUGCUGAAGCAGCAGGAACAUGCCGACUUCAAGAGGAAAGGCGCCGAUCUCUACGUGGAGCGCAAGAUUUCCUUGGUCGAGGCCCUGUGCGGCUUCCAGAUGGAGCUCACGCACCUGGACGGCCGCAAGCUGCUCAUCAAGACGCAGCCAGGUGAGAUCGUGAAGCCCAUGUCCCAGGGCUUCGACCCUCUUGCCAAAGAGGAUAACAAGACCGAGUGGGAAGUCAUCGAGGAUGCAGACUGCCCUUCCGUGGAGAAUGUGGCGCAGGCAGACACCACAGACAUCGACACGCUGAAGAAGGCGUGCGAGACGCAGCUCAAGCGAAAGGGCAUCGAUGUGGGAUGCUUUGUCGUAGACGGCCAGCGCGCCUACUUCAAGCAGUGCACUCGCGAAGAGGCUCUGGCAGCUAAGAAGACGCGUCGCGGUAGCACGAUGUACCUCAUCCCAGAUCCAGAUGCCAAGAAGGCUUUUCGCAUGAUGAAGGCUGUGAAGGAUGAGGGCAUGCCGACCUACAAGAACCCGUUCGUCCACGGCAACCUGUUCCUGAUCCUCACGAUCGAGUUUCCGGACUCGCUGUCUCCAGAGAACCAGACCGCCGCCAGCUGA